AUGGUAAAUUCCUCGCAGGCUAGCGAGAAGAGCGUCAAUCAGACGCAAGAUAAAGCUGCCUCUGCUAAGGAGUCCAAUGCUCCGUCCCCGAUCGAUGGUGUGGCGUGGUCACUAGAUUCAACAUCUAGUGGCGUGACCCCCUCGGUCAACAGUAUCACCGUUAAGGAUCUGCUUCCGGUGAUCCAGAAAAUGAAAGGGACUCUCGAGCGAAGCCGGUUGAUUGUCGAUCAAGAGCCGAUUGACAAUAACGAGGACUUGAAGGGCAUGGCCGGUGAGAGCGACGACCCCUGUGGUGAUAUGGAGGACUUGGAGAGGACCGUCCGAUCGGCGGAAUUCUACACUCUCUACGGCGAUUAUAUGGGGCGGGUUUGGAAUUGCCUCGAACUCACUUCCCGCGAUGUCGACGGUUUUUGGCCAUCUGGAGUCGUUGCUGUGGCCGAAAAGCUCACGCAGGAGGAGGGGUUUGGGGGAGGGGAAGUCUCAGAGACGCUGGCGGGGGUGUUGCAGCGUCUCGAGAAGCGUGGGCUUUCGGUCAGCAGCGACGUGGCCAAAAAGGCAAUCUUUGGAUAUGCGAAACGCAAUCUGAUCUGCCACGGAGCUCCCCGUCGUCUCAACGACAAGGACACUCGCAAUACAAUUGCGAGCCAUGUUGCAGGCUUGGAGAGGCUUCUACCGGAUGAUCAGAAAGCGGAUCACAGCCAUUGGACACGCCUCGUUAAGCUGUGGAAUGAGCGCGGGAGUUACCUGGAGGAUAUGCGAAAGUCUGCUCCAGAGACUUCGCUAUCGCCGGUCCAGGAUGCAUCUCGUUUCCUCGCCAGCCCGCCCCAAAACGCCAAGGAGAAGGAAGAAUUCACACAAGCGCUGGAAACAGGCUUGUUCCAGGACGAGCUGGAUCUUCUAAGCCGAGAAGGAGGGCCCCGCAGACAAGAUACGCCUCGUCGCACGCGCGAGUCGACGAGGUCCGACCCACUUGACGGUGUGCCCAGUAAGCGGAAGAUGGACUUGACUCCCUCGCCAUCUUCCCUUCGCCCUCUGAAGCGACAGAAGUGA